AGAGAGAGAGAGAGAGAGAGUUGAAUAAUUUGGAGAAUGGUGACUGUGAGACUCCUGGGGUUUGAAGGACCUAGCUAGUAGUAUCUGCAUCUCUCGUCUGAUCUCUUGACUAAUAAAGAACACGAGGUACCUGUGACUUGUCUUUUCCCUUCUGCAUAACUUCUCAAUUGUAUUCAAUUGCGAAUUGUUAAUUGUAGAUUGUGGCUUUCCUUCUCCAUGCCCACUUCUGCUUGUUAGUUCAUACUAGAUCCCGCUGAAUCCUUUUUCAUUCCAUGUUCUUCAUAUUCAAUCCCUUGUUUUGCAAGCCCCAUCUUUUUGUCUUUCUUCCAAGUUCCAAUCUAUCUUCUUGGCUUUUACUUGAUCCAUCCAUCUAAUACAUAGACAGAGACCAAAGACGAAAAAAGUAGAGCUGUAGAAAGUUUAGGGAUCUGGGAUGGCUCAUAUCUUGCUGCACGGGAACUUGCACGCCACCAUCUUCGAGGCUCAUUCGCUCACCGACCCCGGCAGAGCUUCUGGUUCUGCUCCCAGGUUUCUCCGUCAGUUUGUUGAAGGCAUUGAGGAUACUAUCGGAAUUGGUAAGGGGUCUAGUAAAGUUUAUGCAACUAUUGAUCUAGAAAAGGCAAGAGUUGGUCGCACCAGACGGAUUUCAGAUGAACCGGAAAACCCACGUUGGUAUGAAGCUUUUCACAUCUAUUGCGCUCAUUUUGCUGCCAAUGUCAUCUUCACUGUGAAGUUUGACAAUGCGAUUGGUGCAUCACUGGUUGGACGUGCUUAUCUGCCUGUUAGAGAAAUCCUUACUGGUGCGGAAGUGGAAAGAUGGCUUGAGAUCUGUGAUGAAAAGCGCAAUCCAGUGGGCAGUUCAAAGAUUCAUGUGAAAGUGCAGUUUUUUGAUGUUUUGAAAGACCGUAGUUGGGCUAGGGGAAUUCAAAGUCCAAAAUUCCCAGGUGUCCCUUACACAUUUUUCUCACAGAGGCAGGGUUGCAAGGUUUCCUUCUAUCAAGAUGCGCAUGUCCCGGACAACUUCAUCCCCCCAAUUCCCCUUGCUGGUGGCAAAUAUUAUGAGCCGCAGAGAUGCUGGGAGGACAUUUUCGACGCCAUCAAUAAUGCCCAGCAUUUAAUCUAUAUUGCUGGAUGGUCUGUAUAUACAGAAAUCACCUUGAUAAGGGACUCUAGAAGGCAAAGGCCUGGAGGGGAUGCCACACUUGGUGAGCUACUUAAGAGGAAGGCUAGUGAAGGUGUUCGAGUCCUUAUGCUUGUUUGGGAUGAUAGAACCUCUGGAGGUUUACUUAAGAAAGAUGGACUCAUGGCCACUCAUGAUGAAGAAACUGCAAAUUAUUUCCUAGGCACAGAUGUUCACUGCGUUCUGUGUCCUCGAAACCCUGAUGAUGGAGGGAGCAUUGUUCAGAACCUACAGAUAUCCACCAUGUUCACUCAUCAUCAGAAGAUUGUUGUUGUGGACCAUGAGAUGCCCAAGAAGACUUCUCAACAAAGGAGAAUUGUAAGCUUUGUUGGGGGCAUUGACCUCUGUGAUGGAAGAUACGACACACAGUUUCAUUCUCUAUUCAGAACUUUGGAUACAGCUCAUCAUGACGAUUUCCACCAGCCUAACUUUACUGGUGCAUUGAUCAGAAAGGGUGGACCCAGAGAGCCAUGGCAUGACAUUCACUCAAAACUGGAAGGACCAAUUGCAUGGGAUGUCCUGUUCAACUUUGAACAGAGAUGGAGGAAGCAGGGUGGUAAGGAUCUGCUUGUUCAGAUCAGGGAUCUGGCGGACAUCAUCAUUCCUCCCUCACCUGUUAUGUUUCCAGAAGAUAGGGAAACAUGGAAUGUUCAGCUUUUUAGAUCAAUUGAUGGGGGUGCUGCCUUUGGUUUUCCUCAGACCCCAGAGGACGCAGCUCGGUCAGGGCUCAUAAGUGGAAAAGAAAACAUCAUAGACCGGAGCAUUCAAGAUGCUUAUAUAAAUGCAAUCCGCCGGGCAAAAAAUUUUAUUUACAUUGAAAAUCAGUACUUCCUUGGCAGCUCCUUUGGGUGGAAAGCAGAUGGCAUCAAGCCGGAAGAGAUUGGAGCAUUGCAUUUGAUUCCUAAGGAGCUCUCUUUGAAGAUUGUCAGCAAGAUUGAAGCUGGUGAACGUUUUACUGUUUAUGUUGUUGUUCCAAUGUGGCCAGAGGGAAUCCCUGAGAGUGCUUCAGUUCAGGCAAUUCUGGAUUGGCAGCGAAGAACAAUGGAGAUGAUGUAUACUGACAUUGUAGAAGCUCUGCAAGCAAAGAGAAUUAUAGCAAAUCCUAAAGACUAUCUGACCUUCUUUUGCUUGGGGAAUCGGGAGGUAAAGAAGAGUGGAGAGUACACACCCGAAGAGCAGCCUGAGCCCAAUACAGAUUAUAGCAGAUCUCAGCAGGCCAGAAGGUUUAUGAUUUAUGUUCACACAAAGAUGAUGAUUGUUGAUGAUGAGUACAUAAUCAUUGGCUCGGCCAACAUCAAUCAGAGGUCAAUGGAUGGAGCCAGAGAUUCAGAGAUUGCCAUGGGUGCAUAUCAGCCUUACCAUCUAUUAACCAAGCAGCCUGCAAGGGGACAUAUCCAUGGUUUCCGGAUGGCUUUGUGGUAUGAACAUCUGGGGAUGCUGGAUGAUGUUUUCCUCCAGCCAGAGAGCCUGGAUUGUGUGCGCAAGGUAAAUGUGAUUGCGGACAAGUACUGGGAUAUUUACUCCAGUGAUACACUAGAGCAUGACCUUCCAGGUCAUCUGCUCAGAUACCCAGUUGCAGUCACUAAUGAAGGUGUCAUCACAGAGUUGCCGGGUAUCCAGUGCUUUCCAGACACCAAGGCCCGAAUUCUUGGCACCAAGACCGACUACCUUCCACCCAUCCUCACAACAUGACUGCCAUGACCCUCUACCCAUCAGUUUAGGAAGUAUUUCCCCAUGAACCUAGUUAGAGUUAUAGCAGAUGCCAGAUGGCAGCAUGGUUUGGGAAUAAAAAUUCAUGUUGUAGUUGAUGAUUUAGUUUCAUCUGAGUGACUUUUUAAGGCCUUGAUGCUGCAUACCCUAUUUAACGUAACUGCUUAUUGAUGUUUUCGUUAUUCAAUGCUACAGCAGGUGUUUAGUA